CCGCUGCCGCUGAUUCUGGAGGACCGCGUUCUUCUGGGUCGGGGCUCUCACCCACUCCUCUCCUCCGCCACCUCCCUCUUCCCUCCCCUCUGACCCUCCUCCCCCACCUCCAGUCAAGCCAUGGUGCUGGAGUCGGUGGUCGCGGAUCUCCUCAAUCGCUUCCUGGGGGACUACGUGGAGAACCUGGACAAGUCCCAGCUGAAGCUGGGCAUUUGGGGCGGUAAUGUGGCCUUAGAUAACCUGCAAAUAAAAGAAAAUGCUCUGAGCGAAUUGGGUGUUCCCUUUAAAGUAAAAGUUGGACAAAUAGAUAAACUUACUUUGAAGAUUCCUUGGAAGAAUUUGUAUGGGGAAGCAGUUGUUGCAACAUUAGAAGGAUUGUACCUACUUGUUGUCCCUGGAGCUAGUAUUAAAUAUGAUGCUGGAAAAGAAGAAAAAUACCUGCAGGAAAUUAAGCAGAGAGAUCUGUCAAGAAUUGAAGAAGCCUUACAAAAAGCCGCUGAGAAAGAUAAGCCAAAGAAAGAAAAAAAAGAUACAUUUUUGGAAAAGCUGGCAACUCAGGUCAUAAAAAAUGUACAAGUGAAAAUCACAGAUAUUCAUAUUAAGUAUGAAGAUGAUGUCACUGAUCCAAAGCGACCUCUUUCAUUGGGAGUGACAUUGGGAGAACUUAGUCUUUUGACUGCUAAUGACAAUUGGACUCCAUGUAUAUUAAAUGAAGCUGCAAAGAUCAUAUACAAGCUUGUACGCCUUGAUAGUCUUAGUGCCUAUUGGAAUGUAAACUGCAGUACGUGUUACCAGGGAUCCAAGGAACAGAUAUUGGAUCAUUUGAAAAGUGGAAUCCCUUCCACUAGUAGUAGCAGUGGAUCUCCAAACUAUCAAUAUAUUUUCAGGCCAGUGUCUGCCUCUGCAAAACUCUGUAUAAAUCCUCAUGCGGAAACUGAACUCAAAACACCCAAACUUGAUUGCAACGUAGAAGUACAGAACAUUGCUAUUGAAUUGACCAAGCCCCAGUACCUUAGUAUGAUUGAUCUUCUGGAAUCAGUGGAUUAUAUGGUUAGGAGUGCUCCAUACAGGAAAUAUAGACCUUAUUUACCAUUACAUACCAAUGGUCGGCAGUGGUGGAAGUAUGCAAUUGAUGCUAUUCUUGAAGUUCACGUAAGACGAUAUACACGGAUGUGGUCUUGGAAUAAUAUAAAAAGGCACAGGCAGUUUCUCAAGCGUUAUAAAAACGCAUACAAAAAUAAACUAACCCAGAGUAAAAUCACAGAAGAAGUACAAAAUGAAAUUCAGGACUUGGAGAAGACUCUUGAUGUUUUCAAUAUUGUUUUAGCAAGACAACAAGCACAAGUUGAAGUGAUUCGAUCUGGGCAAAAAUUGAGAAAAAAAUCAGCUGAUACAGGGGAGAAGCGUAGUGGAGGCUGGUUUAGUGGGUUCUGGGGUAAGAAAGAAACUAAGAAAAAUGACGAUGAAGAAUCCUUAGUUCCUGAAACCAUUGAUGACCUCAUGACUCCGGAGGAAAAGGCAAAACUCUUCACUGCCAUUGGAUAUAGUGACAGUACCCACAACUUAACUUUACCUAAGCAGUAUAUUGCCCAUGUAAUGACACUGAAACUGUGCAGGACAUCUAUUACAAUCAGAGAAUACAGAAAUGUUCCAGAGAUACUUAAAGUGCAAAUUAUUGACUUAAGCACUCGAGCAUCUCAGCGGCCAGGAGCACAGGCGCUUAGGGUAGAAGCAAAAUUGGAACAGUGGUACGUAACUGGUCUAAUGCAGCAAAAUAUUGUUCCAUCUCUUGUGGCUUCCGUUGGGGAUACCAGCUCGUCACUGCUUAAAAUUGAAUUUGAGACCAACCCAGUGGAUAGCGCUGCCCACCAAACUCUGGUAGUUCAGUCUCAGCCAGUAGAGAUAAUUUAUGAUGCAAAAACAAUAAAUGCAAUGGUAGAAUUCUUUCAAGCAAGUAAGAGUUUAGACCUUGAGCAGAUAACCUCAGCAACAUUGAUGAAACUGGAAGAAAUUAAAGAGAAAACAGCUACAGGACUUACCCACAUUAUUGAAACACGGAAAGUUCUUGAUUUAAGGAUUAAUUUGAAGCCUUCCUACCUCAUAGUACCAAGGACGGGAUUCUAUCAUGAAAAUUCAGAUAUUUUAAUUUUGGAUUUUGGUACCUUUCAGCUAAACAGCAUAGGUCAAGGUGAAAGGCAAACUACCACUUCAUCCCUAGAAGAAAUAAUGGACAAAGCAUAUGACAAGUUUGAUGUUGAGAUUAAAAGUGUCCAGUGUCUUUUUGGAAGAUCAGGGGAAGAUUGGAAAAAAGCCCGAUUUCAGCACCCAUCAUCUUUGCAUAUAUUACAGCCUAUGGAUAUCCAUGUUGAGUUGGCUAAGGCUAUGGUGGAAAAAGACAUUAGAAUGGCCAGAUUUAAAGUUUCAGGUGGGCUUCCUUUGAUGCAUGUGAGACUAUCUGACCAAAAGAUGAAAAAUGUGCUGGAUUUGAUUCACAGCAUCCCCAUGCCAACAAGAUCAGAUGUGCCAUCUCCAGAGAGAAAGGUAGCAGCUAUUCCCAUUAUUUCUGAUGGGACAAAGAGACUACUUACCACUUCACUGCUGCUAGAAGAAGUAGAGUCAGAGUCUGAUGAUGAAUAUUUUGAUGCUGAAGAUGGAUCACAACAGACUAGUAGAAGUGUUAAAGGAUCUGAGAUAAGUAAAGUCACAGAACCCCCAAAUGAAGAGCUCAUUGACCUUCAGCUCAAAUUUGAAAUUAAAGAGGUGAUUUUGGAACUUACCAAGCAACAGGAAAAAGAAGAAACAAUUCUUGUGUUUAAUAUAAUACAGCUGGGAACAGAAGCUACUGUUAGACCGUUUGACAUGGUUGUAGUAUCUUAUUUGAAGAAAAUAAGCUUGGAUUACAAUGCAAUUCAAGGGACCAGAAAGAAACCACUUCAUUUGAUUAGUUCUUCUGACAAAUCUGGGUUAGAUCUUUUAAAGGUGGAAUAUAUCAAGGCUGACAAGAAUGGACCUAGUUUUCAAACUACUUUUGAAAACACUGAGCAGACAUUUAAGGUGGCCUUUUCAUCUUUAAAUCUCUUACUGCAAACACAAGCCCUUCUCUCUUCUAUUAAUUACCUAACCACUGUUAUCCCAUCAGAGGGCCAAACUAUUGCUGAGACAGAGUCACAACUUCAUAGUGAAAAGCAACUAAAAAAUAUUAAUCUGAAAAAAGUGACUGCACCCUCCAAAGACAAUGACAUUUUUAAUUUCAAGCUAUUUGCAAAGUUGAAUGCUUUUUGUGUCACUGUUUGUGAUGAAAAACACAAUAUUGCUGAAAUAAAGAUUCAAGGCCUUGAUUCCUCUCUUUCUCUUCAAUCAAAAAAACAGUCACUUUUUGCACGACUAGAAAAUAUAAUCGUCACAGAUGUUGAUACAAAUACAGUUCAUAAACAGGCUGUCUCAAUAAUGGGCAAUGAAGUCUUCCGUUUUAAUUUGGAUUUGUAUCCUGAUGCUACUGAAGGAGAUGCUUAUGCUGAUAUGUCUAAAGUGGAUAGUGUAGUGUCACUGCAUGUGGGAUGUAUUCAGAUAGUCUAUCUUCAUAAAUUCCUCAUGUCUCUCCUGAAUUUCUUGAACAAUUUUCAUAUGGCCAAAGAAGCACUGAGCGCUGCCACCACCCAAGCUGCAGAAAAGGCUGCCACGAGUGUGAAAGAUCUUGCCCAGAGGAGUUUUCGUGUUUCUAUCAGUAUUGACUUAAAGGCACCGGUUAUAGUCAUUCCACAGUCUUCCAUUUCCUGUAAUACAGUGGUGGUUGAUCUUGGGUUGAUCAGAAUACAAAACAAGUUUAGUCAGGUGUCUGGUGAAGGCUGCUUACUCCCUCCAGUAAUUGACGAAAUGGUUGUGCAGCUAACAGAACUUAAACUUUCUAGAACAGUGAUUGAACCAGGUGUCUCUCAUCCUGAUAUUCAACUACUACACCCUAUUAAUUUGAAUAUUUUGGUGAAUCGGAAUUUAGCUGCAGCUUGGUAUCACAAAAUUCCUAUAAUGGAAAUUACAGGGCAUCUUGAUACAAUGAAUGUUGGCCUAAAUCAGGAUGAUUUGAGUCUUCUGCUUAGAGUAUUAGAAGAAAAUCUUGGGGAGGCUUCUGCAGGGCCUGGUAAAAUAGAACCAAGAAUACAAGAGAAAAGUAAAAUUAAAGAACCUUUUGAGAAGUUCACAUCACAACAAGGUUUACAUAUAUCACAAGAAAUUCUACCUACUGGAGUUGAAGAAAUUGUGCCAGAAGAUGUCACUAAUGUGCUGCUAAAUUUUGAAAUUAAAGAGGUUCUGGUGACACUGAUGAAAAAAUCAGAAAAAAAAACAAAGCCUUUACAUGAACUAAAUGUGUUACAACUUGGAGUAGAAGCUAGAGUUAAAACCCAUGACAUGACUGCUAAGAUGUAUCUAAAAAAACUUAAUAUGAAAUCUCAUGAUUUCACAGAUUCUAAAGGAGAACUACUUUAUAUCAUUAACUCUUGUAAUGUAACUGAUGAACCACUUCUAAAAAUGGAAUUCAUAAAGGCAGACAGUGAUGGACCAGAAUUUAAAACUGUUCAUAAUAAUACCAAACAAACAGUAAAGGUAUCAUUUUCAUCAUUGGAUUUAGUCCUCCAUUUGGAAUCUUUGCUAUCCAUCAUGGACUUUAUGUCCUCAGCUGUUCCAUCCCAUGGUCUUCCCUCUAAUCAGAAGGAUUAUGAGCUGAAACUGCCAACAGAGGAACCUAAAAGCACUGCUGUCAAAGCUGUAUCUGACAACAUUUCCCAUCAAGAUGUUUUUGAUCUGAAAGUCACUGCAGAACUGAAUGCAUUUAAUAUCUUUAUCUGUGAUCAGAAGUGUAACAUUGCAGAUAUUAGAGUACAAGGAAUGGAUGCAUCUGUUUCUGUGCAAUCGAAGGAGACAGAAGUUUUUGCCAGACUCAAAGAUAUCAUAGUUACAAAUGCUGAUCCAGGGUCCAUUCACAAAAAGGCUGUCUCUAUAGUGGGAGAUGAGGUGUUUAGGUUCCAAAUGACUCUUUAUCCAGAUGCCACAGAGGGAAAAGCCUAUACUGAUAUGUCUAAAGUAGAUGGUAAACUAAGUCUUAAAGUGGGCUGCAUCCAAAUUGUUUAUCUUCAUAAAUUCUUCAUGUCUCUUCUGAGCUUCCUCAACAAUUUCCAGAAAGCUAAAGAGGCCGUGAGUACUGCCACAGCCCACGCUGCAGAGAAGGCUGCUUCUAGUGUAAAAGAUUUCGCUCAAAAGAGUUUCCGUCUUUCCAUGGACAUCAACCUGAAAGCACCAGUUAUUAUUAUCCCUCAGUCUUCAAUAUCCUCUAAUGCUCUUUUAGCAGAUCUAGGUUUAAUCAGAGUUGAAAACAAAUUUAACUUGGUCCCUGUGGAGCUGCAUUCUCUUCCUCCGGUCAUUGACAAAAUGGAUAUACAGCUCACUCAGUUGAAGUUAUCAAGAACUAUUUUGCAGGUUGGAUCUCCAAUACCUGACAUUGAAAUUUUACAACCAGUAAAUAUGCAUUGGUCCAUUCAACGAAAUUUAGCAGCAGAGUGGUAUACACAAAUUCCAGGGAUGAAAAUAAAAGGAAACCUGAAACCAAUGCAGAUUGCGCUCAGUGAAGAAGAUUUAACUAUCCUAAUGAAAAUUUUAAUGGAAAAUCUUGGAGAGGGAUCUUUACAGCCGAGUUCUGUACAACCAGUUCCUCAAGAGGGUACAAGAGUGAAAAUGGGAAGAUCUCAGGAUGAUUCUGAUCAUGUGAGAGGUUCACUGUUGCAUACCCCUGAACAAGAUAUGACAGACUUGAAUCCUUCUGACAAUCAAAAUGUCAUUCUCCAAUUUGAUUUUCACUUUGAGUCUCUUUCACUUGUCCUCUACAACAAUGAUAUAAAUCAGAAAGCUACCUCAAGAAUGAUUGACAAGAAGAAUGGUCAAGAUGAAAGUUCAAUGAUUGACAUAAAUUACAAGCAAGACAAAAAUGGAAGUCAAAUAGAUGCUGUUCUUGACAAGCUGUUUAUAUGUGCCAGUGUGGAAUUUCUAAUGACAGUGGCAGACUUUUUUAUCAAAGCUGUUCCCCAAAGUUCAACAGCUACAAAUGAAAAAACCACACAGAUUUCAUUAAGGCAAACUACUUCAGCAAAAAUCAAACCAGAGAGAGAAAGUUCUGGAAGGCCAAAUAUGACUUUAACGGCAAAGGUUACAGAUCCAGAAGUGGUAUUUGUUGCCAGUUUGGCAAAGGCUGAUGCCCCUGCUUUGACAGCAUCUUUUAAAUGUGACAUUUUUUUAUCAUCUUCCAAACUUGAGCAGAAGAUGAUAGCAUCUGUAAAAGACCUGAAAGUGUUGGCCUGCCCUUUUCUCAGAGUAAAAGGAACAAAAAAUGUUACUACGGUUUUACAGCCUUGCUCUUUACUUAUGGAAAAACGUGAGCAUGUUUCAGGAGAACAAAAUAUAGAUAUUCUGGUUGAAGAAUUUAUAAUUAAGGUUUCACCAAUAAUUCUCAAUACUGUAAUGACAAUCAUGGCUGCUAUGUCACAAAAGAAGAAAGAUGAUGAUUCAAAAAGUACAUCAGACAGUACUGAAAAUCUCUGGGCCAUCAAAUCUAUUGAUGAUUGUAAUGCUUGGUUUCUUGGAGUCGACAUGGCAACAGAAGUAACGGAAACAUUCAGAGAUCUUGAACAACCGUCGAUAAAGGAAAAUUUCGUUAUGGUUGUAAAAUCUGUUCAGGUCACCUUUGAAUGUGGCUUGGGGCAUCGGACUAUACCAUUAUUAUUGAUGGAGUCUACAUUUUCAGGAACUUUUAAAAACUGGUCUUCUCUCAUGUCUGCUACUGCUGACAUGACCCUUGAGGUUCACUACUAUAACGAAAUACAUGCUGUCUGGGAACCUUUGAUUGAGAGAGUGGAAGGGAACAGACAAUGGAAUUUGAAGCUUGAAUUGAGGAAUAACCCAGUCCAGGAUAAAAGUUUGAUGCCAGGAGAUGAUUUUAUUUUUCUUCCUGAGCCACAAACAGCAAUUCACAUUUCUUCAAGAGAUACAAUGAAUAUAACAAUAUCCAAAUGCUGCCUCACAGUCUUCAACAACUUAUCAAAGGCAUUUUCAGAGGGAACUGCAUCUACUUUUGAUUAUUCUUUAAAAGACAGGGCUCCUUUUACAGUGAAGAAUGCAAUAGGUGUUCCUAUUAAGGUGCAACCUAAUUCUAAUCUCCGAACAGUGGGCUCAUCUGUAAAAGGUGAUAUUUAUGAUGUUGAUGUUGAUCAGAUUUUGGAACUGGAGUAUUCCACUUCAGAACCCUUAAAUCGAGGGAAACUAUCUGUAUUGAGCCGUCAAGAAAGCUCUCUCUUCACUCUGACUUUUGUGCCUUAUGGAUACACAGAAAUAGCAAAUAUUCCUAUCACACGACCUGGGCGAAGAUUAUAUAAUGUACGGAAUCCCUGUAUGAAUUUUUCUGACUCGGCUUUGGUACAGAUUGAUGCAGCAGAAGGGAAUAAAGUGAUUACCCUUCGGUCUUCUUUGCAGAUAAAGAACCAUUUCUCUAUUCCAUUUAUUAUCUAUAAAUUUGUCAAGACUGCUAAGUUACUGGAACCCAUCGGAACAGCCAAACCUGACGAGGAAUUCCAUGUUCCAUUAGAUUCAUACAGAUAUCAAUUGUUUAUUCAGCCAGCUGGAAUCUUGAAGGGUCAAUUUAAAGAGUCAACGACCUAUAUUUCUUGGAAGGAGGAGCUUCAUAGAAGCAAUGAAGUCAGGUGCAUUCUGCAGUGCCCAUCAACUGAAAUCAACUUCCUACCACUGAUAGUAAACACAGUUGCUGUUCCUGAUGAAUUAAGUUAUAUUUCUACUCAUGGGGAAGAUUGGGAUCCAGCAUACAUUAUUCAUCUUUAUCCAUCCCUAGUUUUGAGGAAUUUACUUCCAUAUUCUUUAAGAUAUUUACUUGAGGGAACCGCAGAUACUCAUGAACUAUCAGAAGGUAGUACUGCUGAUGUUCUUUAUUCAAGAAUAAAUGGAGAAAUAAUGGAAUUAGUCUUGAUGAAAUACCAGGGCAAAAACUGGAAUGGACAUUUUCGUAUACAAAAUGCACUGCCUGAGUUCUUUCUUGUGUGUUUUACAUCGGACUCCACAGAAGUGAUGACAGUAGACCUAUCGAUACAUGUUAGGAGAAUUGGCAGCCGUAUGAUAUUGUCUGUCUUUAGUCCCUACUGGCUCAUCAAUAAAACCUCUCGUGUCCUCCAGUAUCGUGCAGAGGAUAUCCAUAUGAAGCAUCCAGCUGACUAUAGGGACAUUAUUUUAUUCUCUUUCAAGAAGAAGAACAUCUUUAGUAAAAAUAAGGUUCAAUUAAGAAUUUCAACUAGUGCUUGGUCCAGUAGUUUCUCACUGGACACAGUAGGAAGCUAUGGUUGUGUAAAAUGUCCUGCCAAUAAUAUGGAAUAUCUGGUAGGAGUUAGCAUCAAAAUGAGCAGUUUUAAUCUUACAAGGAUAGUUACUCUGACUCCUUUCUUUACCAUUGCCAAUAAGUCUUCAAUGGAAUUAGAAGUUGGAGAAAUUGCAUUUGAUGGCUCAUUACCAACAAAUAAAUGGAACUAUGUUGCUUCUUCUGAGUGUCUUCCAUUUUGGCCUGAAAAUUUGUCAGGCAAACUCUGUGUUCGUGUGGUGGGCUGUGAGGGAUCCUCUAAGCCAUUCUUUUACAAUCAACAAGACAAUGGCACUUUAUUGAGCUUAGAAGAACUGAAUGGAGGUAUCUUGGUAGAUGUAAACAUUGCUGAGCAUUCAACUGUGAUAACCUUCUCUGAUUACCAUGGAGGAUCAGCACCUGCUCUGAUCAUUAACCAUACCCCAUGGGAUAUUCUUCAGUAUAAACAGAGUGGAUUACAGGAAGAAAUGGUCUUACUACCAAGACAAGUGCGUCUCUUUGCUUGGGCAGAUCCUACUGGUACCAAAAAACUAACAUGGAAAUAUGCAGAAAAUGUGGGAGAACAUGGUCUUUUAAAGGAUGAAUGUGGACAAUUCCCGUACGAUGCAAAUAUUCAGAUACACUGGGUAUCAUUCCUGGAUGGACGCCAGAGAGUACUGCUUUUUACUGAUGAUGUUGCAUUGGUUUCCAAAGCACGUCAAGCAGAAGAAAUGGAGCAGGCUGAUCAAGAAAUAAAUGUGUCGCUUCAUAGUCUUGGACUUUCACUAGUUAACAAUGAAAAGAAGCAGGAAAUCUCUUAUAUUGGGAUAACUAGCUCUGAUGUUGUUUGGGAGAUGAAACCAAAACGGAAGUGGAAACCUUUUAGUCAAAAGCAAAUAAUUAUUUUGGAACAGGCCUAUCAGAAGUAUCUUCGGUCAAAUGAGCAUGAAUGGAUUAAACUAGAUGGCAAUCUUGAGGUUAAUUUUAGUAAAUCCCCAAUGGAAAUGCGAGUCCCAAUCCGGUGUAGUAUUAAGCGAGACUUCUUAUCAGGUAUCCAUGUUGAAUUUAAGCAGUCUCCUCACCAAAGAAGUCUACGGGCUCAGUUGUACUGGAUUCAGGUUGAUAACCAGUUACCAGGUUCAAUGUUCCCAGUUGCAUUUCAUCCUGUAGCCCCUCCAAAGUCCAUUGCUUUGGAUUCAGAGCCCAGGCCAUUUAUUGAUAUUAGCAUCAUCACAAGAUUUAAUGAGUAUAGUAAAGUGCUGCAAUUCAAGUAUUUUAUGGUUCUCAUCCAGGAAAUGGCUUUGAAAAUUGACCAAGGAUUCUUAGGUGCAAUUCUUGCAUUUUUCACACCAGCCACUGAUCCUGAAGCUGAAAGGAAAAGAACUAAAUUAAUCCAGCAAGAUAUUGAUGCUCUAAACACUGAAUUAAUGGAAACAUCCAUGACAGACAUAUCAAGUCUCAAUUUCUUUGAACAUUUCCAUAUUUCUCCCAUUAAGUUACAUUUAAGCCUUUCCUUGGGUUCUGGUGGUGAAGAAUCAGACAAAGAAAAAGAGGAAAUGAUUGCACUUCAUUCUGUCAACCUGCUGUUGAAAAGCAUAGGUGCUACACUGACUGAUGUGGAUGACCUCAUAUUCAAACUUGCAUACUACGAGGUUCAGUAUCAGUUCUACAAGAGAGAUCAGCUCAUGAGGAGUGUUGUCAGGCACUACAGUGAACAGUUUUUGAAACAGUUGUAUGUCCUUGUAUUGGGCUUAGAUGUACUUGGAAAUCCAUUUGGAUUAAUUAGAGGUCUCUCUGAAGGCGUUGAAGCACUCUUCUAUGAACCUUUUCAGGGAGCUGUUCAGGGCCCUGAAGAAUUUGCUGAGGGGUUAGUAAUUGGAGUAAGAAGUCUCUUUGGACAUACUGUAGGAGGAGCAGCAGGAGUUGUGUCUCGAAUAACAGGUUCUGUUGGGAAAGGUUUGGCUGCAAUUACAAUGGACAAGGAAUAUCAGCAGAAACGACGAGAAGAGAUGGGCCGUCAGCCUAAAGAUUUUGGAGACAGCUUGGCCAAAGGAGGAAAGGGCUUCCUCAGGGGAGUUGUAGGUGGUGUGACUGGAAUCAUUACCAAGCCUAUGGAAGGAGCUAAAAAGGAAGGACCAGCUGGAUUCUUUAAAGGAAUUGGAAAAGGACUUGUAGGUGCUGUUGCUCGUCCAACUGGUGGCAUCAUUGAUAUGGCCAGCAGUACCUUCCAAGGAAUUCAGAGGGCAGCAGAAUCAACUGAAGAUGUAUGUAGUCUCCGCCCUCCUCGCCUGAUCCAUGAAGAUGGGAUCAUAAGACCGUAUGACAGAAGUGAAUCUGAGGGUCAUGAUUUAUUUGAGAAUCACAUAAAAAAGCUGGAUGGCGAAACCUACCAGUACCACUGUGCCAUUCCUAGAUACAAAAAUGCAAAUCUUGUGGUUACAAAUAGGCGAGUGCUCUUUGUAAAGGAAGUGGAGAUCUUAGGCCACAUAUCCACAGAAUGGCAGCACCCAUUUGAAGAUUUUGUAUCACCUCCAACUGUUGAUGAAAAUCUUCUAAAAAUCUCAGUUAAGGAUCAUGGGUUGUUCUGCAAAAAGGACAAUGUCAAUCAAGCUUGUGUACGAAAAGUUUAUCUGCAAGAUCCAACAAUAGCAAUGAGAGCAUGUAAUGCCAUUGAUGAUGCCCGUUCAACAAGACAACAGCAAAAACUAGUGAAGCAAUCAUCAUUGAAAGUAGUUAGGCAAUAAAUGCUACCUUAAUUAUUCUACCA